AUGAUAGCAAUGAAAUACAUCCAGUGUAUAACAAAAGUAACGGAACGACUCGCAAUUUGGUAUGCUGUUGCAAUGGCUGUACUGAGAUGCCUUUUCAUAAAACUUCCGAUAAACAAAAAAAUAUAUGGUCUAGUUCACUCAAAAAAUGGCAUUCGGCUUCUUAUCUCUGUAACAGCUGCCAUUUUGCCGUCUGGUGUCACGACAUAUUUCGAAGUGACUCUUAAAGAAACCAACAAUAUUUGGACUCCUCCACCCAAUUGUCACAACUUUCCGAGCAACUUUUCUCAAAUCGAAUACGCAAUUGAAACUACUAAUUUCUAUAACACUUUGCAACUUGUUGAAGGAAUAUUUUUUAAAAUAAUUCCAUCAAUAAUUCUGCAAACUGCUACUAUAUUCUUGGUGAUGAAACUGAAAAAGACUAAAAUAUUAGUUAAUCAAAAAGUUAGAAGCACAACCGACAGAGAUCGAUCUACAAAAUUGGUGAAUUUCAUGUCAAUUUCAUUUUUGAUUGCUAUUCUACCACAUGGUAUCUUAUAUAUUAUUGAUGCUUACUUGAAUCAUAUACUUGGUUUUUCAAUAUUGAUUGUACGAUUUGCAACCAUUUUUCAAUUUAUAAACACUAUCAAUGCAACUGUUCACUUACUAUUGUGCUAUUUUAUGUCUUCACAAUAUCGACGGACCGUGCGGAGUAUUAUACGGAAAAACAAUACUAGCGUCUGUACAAUCGAACAUUUGUUAAAAUAAUAAUAACUUUUCUGCAAACCGAGAAAUGGCAAAAAAUAACAAGCAAAUUUUGAUCGCAUUUAAAAUGAAAUGA